GCGCCGCGCGCUCGGCCGACGCUCACUCGUGGAGAGGAGGAGGAGGAGGAGGAGGAGGAAGGCAGCCAGAGAGAAACUGCCUUGGGGAUUAAUAAGAGGCAGGAGGAGGGAGAGGUGCACGCAGGCAAACAUCUGGACCAUGAAGUUGGCCUUUAGCUUGCUUCUCCCACUUGUUCUUGUGCUGAUCUCAGAGGUGAGCGGGCAGCGGAGGAAGCCUCCACGGAAACCCACUCGCCCGCCCCCUGAGCCCAUUGAGCCUGUUGAACCCGUGGAGCCCACCGAGCUGCCCCCACCCCUGCCUCCUGGCCCACCCUCCAUCUUCCCUGACUGCCCCCGAGAAUGCUACUGUCCCCCAGACUUCCCCUCUGCCCUCUACUGUGACAGCCGCAACCUACGGAAGGUCCCCAUCAUCCCGUCCCGCAUCCACUACCUCUACCUCCAGAACAACUUCAUCGAUGACCUCCCGGAGGAGUCCUUCAGGAAUGCCACAGAGCUGAAAUGGGUCAACCUCGACAACAAUCGCAUCCGGAAAGUGGACAGGCGGGUUCUGGAGAAGCUGGAAAACCUCAUCUUCCUCUACAUGGAGAAGAACCAGCUGAAGGAGGUGCCUGCCUUCCUGCCGCCCAACUUGGAGCAGCUGCGCCUGAGCAGGAAUCAGAUUUCCAAGAUCCCUGCUGGGGUCUUCAACAAGCUGGAGAACCUGGUGCUCUUGGAUCUGCACCACAACAAGCUCAGUGAUGGAGUCUUCAACAAAAACACCUUCAAAGGACUCAAGAAUCUCAUGCAACUCAACCUUGCCCACAACAUCCUGAGGAAAAUGCCGCCUGGGGUGCCCAGUGCCAUCCAUCAGCUCUUCCUGGACAGGAACAACAUCGAGGACAUCCCCAGUGACUAUUUCAAGGAGUUUCCCAACCUGGCGUUCAUCCGGCUCAACUACAACCAGAUCUCUGACAAGGGGCUCCCCAAGAACUCCUUCAACCUCACCAACUUGCUGGUGUUGCACUUAGCUCACAACAAGCUCACCAACGUCCCUUUUAUCAGCCCCAAGCUGGAGCACCUCUACCUGAACAACAACUCCAUUGAAAAAAUCAAUGGGACGCAGAUCUGCCCCACCUCACUGAUGUCCAUCCAGGACUUCUCCCCCUCCGAUCUGGACAGUGUGCCCCGGCUCCGGUACCUGCGGCUGGAUGGGAACCUCCUGAAGCCCCCCAUCCCCUUGGACCUGAUGAUGUGUUUCCGCCUCUUGCAGUCCGUGGUUUUCUAGCCCUGCGUGCCUCUCCUAGGACUUGGCUUUGCACAAAGACUCGAACCCCAUAAGCUUUUGACACUCGGGACCCUCUUUGCUUCCCCCUUCCCUCGCUCACACUCUGGCCUCUCUGUUCCUCAAAUGUCCCCUCCCUCCCCCCUUUCCUUGCCUGCAGUGGCUUCUGUGUCCCCGGGGGUUGUCUGCAGGACAGCAUCAUGUUGCAGCAGCCAUCCCAGGUCCCAGCAUCAGCCUGGGCUGCAUGGGAGGCUGUCACCAUGCUGUCACCCUCCUGUCACCCUGCCCAUUCCCCCCCCUCUGCCCCCGCCUGGCCCUUUGCCAGCACUGGAGCUGGCUCCAUCUCUUCCUUGGACCUGGCAGAGUUUGGGGAGGAUGGCCUUGGUCCUACCCAAAGCAUCUCCUGAUGGAGCUGAUGAGGAGGCUGUUUGGGGAAGGGAUGGCACAGGAGUGAGCGGUGCUGCAGGACAGCAAUCACACAGCCCUGUGAUGGAGCUAUUGCAGCUCAGAGCAGCAGUAUUCUG